UGUCUGGACCCUGGCCAGAGGGCCCUCUACAAGGAGGUGAUGCUGGAGAACCACAGCAGUGUGGCUGGACUAGAUGGCAGUUGGCAUAUCAGUUUCGUAAGACGAAUGGGGUAUCUUUUUAAUUUCUGGAAGAAUUUAUGUAUGUGGAAUUGUGGUUGUUGGUGGAACUCUCAUGUAAAACCCUCUGGGCCUUGGACCCUUGGGCCCUUGGGCAAGGACGGUUUUGUGCUAGUGUUUGUUUUCUUAGUGACUAAGAGUCUGUUAAGUUUAUGAAUUUUUUUUUGUGCUAAUUUUCUCAUUUAUACGUCACAUUACAAGUUGAUGUGUUCGUUUGGAUGUUGAAUUGCUUCACCGUCUGUUUGCUCUUUAUUUUUAGUCUCCAUACGUGUGUAGUUAUUUCCCUGGUGUAUUUUUUUAACCGUGUUGACCUUGAUUGGUUUUGCCAUGAAACUGUCAUUGUCGUCUUUCCAAAGAACCAGUCAGCGUCCGGUUUUGCUGAUCUCCCUUUGCAGUGGGGGAUGUGGGUGCCUUUGUUGUCUAAUCAUUGAAUCCUGCCCCACGGAUAUUUUCUUCUUCCUUAUAGGGGUUUGCUGUGUUGAUUUGCCCCCAACUUCUUGAAUUUGAUAUUCACCUCAUUUGUGUUUUACCAUUUUCAUUUCUAGUAAAUGUAUUUAAAAAUGAAAAAGUUUAUGUGUAAGUACUACUUAAACUUCAUUCCGCAAGUUUGAUAGUAAAUAUAGCUGCCACGUCGUAAUUUGUUACUCAGUUUUCAGGUAGCUAAUGGUUUCGAGGUACCUGUGCCUACCUUCAUAUCCAGUUGCAUUUUGGUUGGGGCACAGUGUGGUAUUGUCCUUGAAUGGGGCCGUGACCCCCUCCGUAGCUGAAGCACCCCAAGGGUGUUUCUCUGUGGACAUCGCACGUGUACUUGGAGAGGACAGUGUUUCCCGCUGAGCAUGGGGUCCCGUGUGCACAUGAGGCCUUCACCCACGGGCUCCCUGCCUGCCCUCCCCCAUCCCCACAGCCAGAAGGAAGCCCUGACCACAGGGUUUGCUCAGCCCUUGAAUGGGCUGGGAGGACACCACAGCGCUGUCCCCCCAGUGUGGGGGCUGGUGGCCCUGGAAGGUGGCUGCCACUGCAGUCUGCUGAGGCCCCCGCGGAUUGGCACGAGGACAUGAGGCAGGGGCAGCCAGCAGGAUUCCUGGUCUUCAAGCCUGAGCUGAUCUCCCGGCUGGAGCAGGGGCAGGAGCCAUGGGUCCUUGACCUGAAGGGAGUCGAGGGGAGAGAGGGGGCAAGAACCUUCCUUACAGAUUCUGCGGUUGGGAUUGUGAGUGAGCAGGCCUGUGAGGACAUGGAUGUUCUAAAGUCAGAGCCCUGUGUGGCGACAGUCAGAAGCCCCUCACAGGGUUUUCCUCAGACUUACAGCUUGAGAGACCCCUGUGAUUCUGAGGUCUGGUCGGGGACUAAGCCAGGCUCCCUCCAGAAAAAGUGCUUGAACUCAGGGACCGUGGCUACCAGGAAGACCUUCGCCAAGGAGGGUGCCCAGGGUUGUGGCGAGCUGGAGAGCAGUGGUGGCCUGGGUGGUCAGCCUGGCAGAAGUCCAGGAGGUGCUGCUGAGGGGACAUCCCGAGGAUGUGACACGUGUGGCACAGGUUUUAGAUCAGACAUUGUUCUGCAUCAAGGAAUGAAUACACAGAAAAAACCUAGUAGAUGUCCAGAGUGCAAAAAAAGUUUACCCGAUUGUUUACAGGGGAGAAAUGGAAGUAAGUGCCCCAGAGAGAAGCCCUACGAGUGUGCGGAGUGCGGGAAGGGCUUCAGGUUGUGCUCGCAGCUUAACCAGCACCAGAGAAUCCACACUGGAGAAAAGCCAUUCAAAUGCGUCGAGUGUGGAAAAGCCUUUCGUCUGAGCUCAAAACUCAUUCAGCAUCAAAGGAUUCAUACCGGAGAGAAGCCCUACAGGUGUGAGGAGUGUGGGAAGGCCUUCGGUCAGAGCUCCAGCCUCAUCCACCACCAGAGGGUGCACACCGGGGAGAGGCCUUAUGGCUGUCGGGAGUGUGGGAAGGCCUUCAGCCAGCAGUCCCAGCUGGUCCGACACCAGAGGACCCACACUGGGGAGAGGCCCUACCAGUGCCAGGAGUGUGGGAAGGCCUUCAGCCAGAGCUCCACGCUGGCCCAGCACCAGCGGAUGCACGCUGGGGACAGACCCCAACUUCCACGGAGCCCAGAUGGUCCCAGCCUCAUUGCGCAUCAGAGAAGCCAUCCUGCGGAGAAGCCGUUUAAGUGUGACGAGUGUGGGAAGGCCUUCAGGUGGGUGUCCCGCCUCAGUCAGCACCAGCUGACCCACACCGGAGAGAAACCUUACAAAUGCAACAAGUGUGCAAAAGCCUUUGGUUGCAGCUCACGACUUAUUCGCCACCAGAGAACUCACACUGGAGAAAAACCAUUUAAGUGUGAGGAGUGUGGGAAAGGCUUUGUCCAGGGCUCACACCUAAUUCAGCACCAGCGAAUCCACACUGGAGAGAAGCCCUAUGAGUGUAGUGACUGUGGAAAAGCCUUCAGCCAGAGCUCAAGCCUCAUUUACCAUCAGAGAAUCCAUAAGGGAGAGAAGCCCUACGAGUGCCUCGAAUGUGGAAAAGCUUUCAGCAUGAGCACACAGCUCACGAUACAUCAGAGGGUCCACACUGGGGAGAGACCCUACAAGUGUACCGAAUGCGGGAAAGCCUUCAGUCAGAACUCCACCCUUUUCCAGCACCAGAUCAUCCACGCAGGGGUGAAGCCCUACGGGUGCAGCGAGUGUGGGAAGGCCUUCAGCCGGAGCUCCUAUCUUAUCGAGCACCAGAGGAUCCACACGCGGGCCCAGUGGUAUCAUGAGUAUGGGGGUACCUUGGACGCUUCCGCCCACGUGAGCCGCAGAAAAGUCAAUACCGUAAAGAAGCUGCAUAAGUGUAAUGAAUGUGAGAAAAUAUUCAGGUGGCGCUCACAUCUCAUCAUACAUCAGAGAAUUCACACCGGAGAGAAACCUUACAAAUGUAACGAUUGUGGCAAAGCUUUUAAUCGGAGCUCAAGGCUUACUCAGCAUCAGAAAAUUCACAUGGGGUAGACCGCUUACCUUUAUAAAUGUGUGUAAGUGUGAAUAAACCUACAGCCUUAACUUUACGUAUUUUAUAUGGGAUCAUUUAUACUAAGAAUUUAGAAUGUGGGGAGAGAGUCCAGAUUCCUAUAAAGUGGAUGUUCCUUUGCUGGAAUGUGUGACCUUAGCCCGCUCAGCAAAGCCUGUGUCCCUUGAGUCAGGGUGCACAUGUGUAGGGUUUUGAGUUCACAGAGGGAAGACCCUUGGUCCUGUGGAUGAGGAAGAUCAUGGGAAAAGGCCUGUGAGUGUUGCUGCACAGCUUAGAAGUUACCCAGUGUUUCCCCUGAGCACUGGCCCCUCAGACUGCCUUCAGCAAUCAGGAUGUGUUCGUUUGUGCUCAUGGAAGCCCAGAGCGAGGGGGCCUAGAACUGCCUUCUCUUGCCUUCUUCACCUGUCUCCUUCCGAGUCAGCCCCACCAGAGCAAACCGGGGAUAUGCCAGAGGGCCCCGGGGACCCGGCUCUGCAGAUAGGAGCUCGGAUCAGCACGGGACUCCAGGAACCAAGCCCAGGUUGUGAUUGUGGGACCUAUUCUGUGACUCUGGGAUGUCACAGUCCUUGAAAUCCAGAGUCUCUCUGCUCGCCAGCAUCAUUACAGGCUGAUCGGAAGAACUGAACUGUGAGAGCUCUCCCCCUGACCCAGCUCGGAGACCCCCGAGCCAGCGUCUCCAGCCAAACCCAGUGCAGACCUGGCCUCAGUAGGAAGAGCUCAUAGGAGCCCUGCGGAUGCCCUCCAGAGGCCAGGGUGUGACCCUUCCUGCUGCUUCCCAGACUUCCUCAGACUUGGUCCUGCCAUACGAACUGCCAGAACUGGGAGGGUCUGCAGGCGGACAGUGGGCCUGUUACCUUUUCGCAGAGGCUGGUGGAGAUGGAGACAGACCGCUCCCAGCAGCGUGAGACUGAGGACGGUAUGGAUCGUGGCCCUGCCCUAGGGCCCUGGAGUCACCAACUGUGACAGCAUUUGAGGGGACCAAAGGUUUUACUCAGACUGGCUACUACCUGCUGCCACUCACGCGGGACCUGUCGGUCAUUGGUGUCACUGCCAGUUACCACUUAGACAAAAUGUGGGCCAAAGAGCGCUCCUCCCUGUCCCGGUGGAGAGGCCUGUGUCUCCCACAUACAGUUUGGGAUGGUCCAUGUGGGUUUCUGUUCUAGCACACGGACCAGGAUCUCAGCCCAGUCACCAGCCACCAGCUAACUGCUGGUUAGCCAAGCACAAAGUCCGGUGUGCCGUCCGGCUGCAGUACUAGUUCUUGGGGUGAAGAUUGUGCCCCAGACUGUACCUGCACCUUCGGAGGUGUCCCCUCUCCAGGUGCCGGGGCACGAUGAAACCGCUGUGCCCGUUUCGGUAGCUGUAACUGCCUCUGCAGCUGCUCCACCCAGAACUUGGGUCCAGAAAGGCCAGUGCGAGAGGACCAGGGACUGUGGGCCCCCGUGGCUUAGGAAGGCAGGUUGGCCACUGACUGUGCCGUCCCCGGACAGGAAUCCUCUCUCGGCCACUUCCUGGGCAGUGAUCGGACAGAGGGGUGAGAGGUUACAUGAAGGCUUCCAAAUUCCAACCUGGGCACGAUGCUGUCUUCGACCAGCAGCUCCAGGCCAGCCAGAAAGGGCCAGAAGCUUCCAUGUAAAUCACCCAGGCCCCUGGAUUUUCUUUUUGGAUUGACCUGGUCCUAGAUCAGGGCCUGGAACAUGGAGGCUGUUAGACUGGGUCGCUCUCAUUCCUCGGGAGCUCCACAGGCUGACCAAAAUCUGGGCGAGUCGAUUCCUGUAAGUGCACUCAUCUGGGAAGAUGAAAUUUAAGAACCGCCCGUCACAGCCAUGAGCAGUCUCUUCUGUGAGACUCUCUCGUCUCCUGCCGGCACAGCCCUCAUUGUUAGGUGGGCACCGCCUGGUUCCAGCCCACGUGUGUGCAAAUAAACACUUGAACACUUUGAUGUACCUCACUUUACCUCUUUAAAGGCUUAAAAGCUAAGAAGGGUUUUUACAUUUUUAAGUGGGGAAAAAAAGACUAUUUUGUGACAUUUCAAAGUUCUGUUGAAAUGAGAUUUCAGUGUGACCAAAUAAAGUUUAUUGGAACAGAGCUGGCCACUCUUGUGCGACGCGAGCAAAGUUCUCACUUGCUGGCCUUGACCCCUUGGGUAGGAGCUCCAUGCCCUCCAGCCUUAGAGGAGUCCUUUUUUCUCUCAAUUCUGAGUGUGAUUUGUUCACUCAAAUGUCCCAAUACAACCGAGAAUUCAGUAGAAAUAACCCCGGAGGCUUAGACUCCAGUCCGGAGCCUCCAUCGCAGAGGUCAGGGUGAGGAGCCCUUUCUUAGCCGCACCCAGGCCAACGAGAAGCGUGGCGCUGGCCUGCUCGGCAGCUCUGAACUCCGACUGUGUCUGCGCACGUCCCGCGCGCCGGCGGCUCUGCAGAGGGCAGGGAGGAGGGCCACCCUUCGGGAGUGCAAGCUUCGGGAUCACGCGUCCUACUCUCAAGCUGUAUCUCCCAGUUUGGGCUUCAGUGACUACGAGUAUUUUUAAGACUAUCCAGAACUCUGUUUCAGAGCAGGUGUUACCUUGGAUUUCUCUGUUGGAGACAAUAAACUCUAGUUUUGACCUGAAA